AAAAAAUGAAUUGGUGAUAUUUUUUGUAAAUUUUAUUCUAAAUAAGUUAUUACUUUGAAAUUCAUGCUCUAAAUUUUAAACGUAAGGUAUAACCAUUUUUAACUGUACACAAAAGAUUGCAUACAAAUGGAUUGGGGGUCCGUACGUAUGCAAUUCAAGCAAACAUGGCACACGACUCUUCUAAGCCUCUUGCUAUUUACCGGUGUCACAUAUUUCCUGAUUUGGGCUGAGCGUCAAACUAUACGAAGUAACUUGAUGUUGGAAGAACUUAUAAAUUCGGCGGAGAGUAUAGACGUACACACUGGAGAUGACGCUGCUCGGUACGAGGGGAAGGUCGUUCAUAUAGUGGGACCUAUCAGGAUAUUGGAACCAAUAUCUGAACCUGACUAUAAUCUGCAUGUUCAAGCUGUGAAGCUGAGGAAGCGAGUGCAAAUGUAUCAAUGGAUUGAAGAGUCAACAGAUAAUGAAAAUUUCAACAAUGAGCCCUCGGAUGAAGCUCAUAAAACAUACUGGUACCACAAAGACUGGAAGGACUAUGUGGUUGAUUCAUCAUUAUUCUACAUUCGACCAGGCCACCACAAUCCAACAUCAAUGCCAAUAUUUAGUGAAACUCAUAUUGCUGAGAGUGUAAAGAUUGGUUGGAUGACUUUAGGUGUGGAUGUAAAAAGAAAAGUAAAUGAUUAUUAUGAGGUGUGGUCUGACUCUCGACCAGAAAGGAGUGAUAUAAAAUUGCAUUCAGGAUUCUAUUACCAUGGUAAUAGUGCCUUGGAACAUGAAAUUGGUGAUCUCAGAAUACAUUUCUCGUAUGCAGGAAGAGAAGAUGAUAUUUAUACAGCGGUAGGUGUAGUAGAAAAUGGAAUCUUGCAAGCUUACGGCCCUGAGGAUUUUCCAACUGCAGACCCUAUUUGUAUUUUGCGGAAAGGCUCAUACAGCUUGAAACAGAUUUAUGAUUUAGAAAAUCGUGAUGCCAAUGUCCAUACUUGGAAGUACAGACUUUUUGGGCUUGUUCAAGUGUUUUCAUCAGCAAUGACUCUACAUCCAGAUUGGUUGACUUUGUUUUUACAAAGUUGCUGGAUAUCCAGUAACCUGAGGCGGUGCAGCAGGCUGUGGAUUAAUUUUGUAUUCUGCUUUUCUUACACAUUACUGGUUAUCUCUAUUCCUUGGUUGUUCCACAAGCCGUCGUUCGGUGCGCUGGUGCUAUGCGGCGCGGCUCUGCCCCUGCUGCACUACUCGACGCUGCUGACGCGCGCCCGCGCCGCCUCCCCCGCGCGCGACCGCUGACCGAUGUACGUGACCUUGCCGCAGAUAGCUGAGCUGAUGGCCAUGGCGCUGCUGUACGCCUACCUAGCCGGGAUAUACUAUCAGAGUUGAUUCCUAUGCAGAUGGGGGACCAACGUAGUUU